GACAGGCAGAGAGAGUAAAAUGGCGCACAGCUGUCGGUGGCGGUUCCCCGCUCGGCCCGGAGGGAGCAGCCACUCCGGCACCGGGAGGCGAGCGGGCCGAGUCCGGGUGACUGCCUCUCUGCGGAGCGUCUCGGGAGGCCACCCCAACGCAGCGGGGCUCGGACCCGGGUUCGACGCUGCACUACAGGUCUCCUCGGUCAUCGGGAGCAACCUGCAGAAAUUCCGGGAUGUUUUGGGGGAAUCGAGCGACUCGAGCAGCGCGGAGGAAGAAGCAUUUGGAGGAUUUGGGAUUGUUGACGAGCAGACAAGAGUACAGUGUGCUUCAACAACCUCUUCAGAAGGCCCACCCAUACAAGAAAAGAAGCCCAGAGGCCGACCACCACGGGCCUUGACAGCCCAGAAAGCUGCUACAAGUCUACCUUCCCCUUCUUCACUUCCCACCCCCACACAGACAAAACAUGAGGGUCCAGAAAGGCCAGCUGACAAGGUAAAAAGGCUGCCCGGAAGGCCACCUGGCACCGGGGAAAAGAGAAGAGGUCGACCCCCAUCUUCAAGUAGCAAGAAAGCUUGGAGUACAGGCAGCCAUGCAGCAGGGGAUAACAGUAGGCAGGCUGGGUCUGAGUGUGGCAUGGACACAGAGGAGGACACGGACAGAAAGGGUGCCAAGAGGAUGCCACUUGGCUCUACUCAGCCUCAUGACAGUGAGGCAAGGCUGCCUAAAGGGGGGAGGGGUGAAUCCAAAGUUACCAACAUGAAGAAGUUAAGAGCAACUAAACUCACCCCUCUCAAGGCACGGCUUAAGACUUUGCCUGGUGUACCCCGACGCAGACGUGGUCGACCACCCUCUGCUGAACGGCUCAAAGCUGAGGCCGAAGCAGCUGCUGCUGCUGCUGCUGCACAGCUUUCUACCUCUUUUGAAGGUGGGGAAGGGAAAAGCAAGGCCUUUAGGGCCAGAGGUGCAGAACCCCAUACUCCCCAGCAGUUGAUGCUGAGGAAUGUAGAUGGAGCUGAGGACCAGGACUCUUCCAAUCCACCUGCUUCCCCGUCUCCCUCCAAGCCAGGCAAGACGGUGGGUCUCAGAAAAAGCCCUCGCCAUAGAAAACCUGUCAGAAUUGUCCCCCCUUCUAAACGCACCGAUGCAGCCAUUGCUAAACAGCUGCUGCAGCGAGCUAAGAAAGGAGCACAGAAGCGAAUGGAGAAAGUAGCUGUAUCCACCGGGGGCCGUGGGACAGGAGUCAUUGAAGCUGGCAUCAGGAAGACACAACUGAAGAACAUUAGACAGUUUAUCAUGCCUGUGGUCAGCACUGUUUCCCUUCGCAUCAUCAAAACCCCAAAGCGUUUCAUUGAAGAUGAGGGCGGCUUUGGAAUGCCACCACCACAUGUGAAGAUGCCACGGUUAGAAACCACCCCCUCAUCUGUCUCUGCAUCUGCCCCACUCACCUCCACCUCCACCACCUCCUCCUCACUGUCUCCUGCCCUGGUCUCUACACCGGCUGUUACUAGCACUGGUACCUCCGCUCAAAAUGACUCCCUCCCCCCUCCUCCACCUGCUGCCCCUACCCCCACGGUUCCAUCAACUGCUGCCAGUCUGCUCAACAACGACAACACCAACAAUGCCACCAAUGGGCGAUUUAGCAGUAGCGCUGCAUCUUGUGGCUCGAGUGCUGUGUCGCAGCAUUCCUCCCAGCUCUCCUCUGCAGAGUCUUCCAGAUCCAGCAGCCCAAGCUUGGAUGACUCAUCAUGUGACUCCCAGGCUUCUGAGGCCACACAGGCUUUGUCAGAGCCAGAGGAUCGUUCUCCGUCCUCGCAAGGAGAGAGGGAGGGCAACCUGUUGCACAGUUCACGGCCUCCCUCCCCUCCCUCUGAGCCAGAGCCUGAGCAUGAGCAUGUGUCGGCAGAGAGGAAUCGGCGAGGUCGGAGAGAACCAGCAGUUGGCCGGGGAGGUCACAGCCAGAGAGUGAGAGAGACUCUCACGACUGGGCCUAAAAAGCCGAUCAUCAGUCCACAAACUGGAGUGCUGAUGUCCUCCUCUACACUUGCAAAUUCCCAGCAAGCUUCAUCCACAGCUUCCUCCUCUUCUUCACCUCCACCUCCACCUCUCCUCACCCCUCCACAACCUCUACAGUCAGCUUCCUCCAACACAGCUACUAUCAGUGAACACCACUCGCAGUCCCCCUGGAUGCCUCAUUUUCUGUCUGGCCCGUCAGUGCUGUCCAGCUUGGCAGACAAGCGUAGCCGCUCAAUUUUGAGGGAGCCCACCUUCCGUUGGACGUCCCUGUCCCACCCUGAACACCAGUACUUUUCCUCUGCUAAAUAUGCCAAGGAAGGCCUCAUUCGUAAGCCUGUAUUUGACAACUUCCGUCCUCCCCCUCUCACGGCUCAAGAUGUUGGUCUGCUGCCCCAAAGUGUUAGUGGAGCAGGGGGAGCUGCUCCAGUGGCAUUCCCUGCACAAGGCAGUGGAGCAGGAACAGGAACUCGUCUAUUUGCCCCUCUUCACAGCCAUACCCACCACCAACAUCCCUCCUCAUCCCGCUUUGAUGCACCACUCCAGAAACGCAGCCCAUUGCUCCGCGCUCCUCGCUUUACACCCAGUGAGGCCCACUCAAGGAUAUUUGAGUCUGUUACCCUGAAGUCAUCCUCUGGGAGCAUCUCCGGCUCUCACUCCCAACACCAGUCAUCCUCUGGCUCCAGCAGAAUCUCGCGGCGCAGGAGACGACUUGUCACUGGAACGCUACGGGGCCGCCCGCGGUCUCCUUCUCAUUCCAUGACCAGACGCAGCAGCCAAAUUGGAGGCCAGAUAUCUAUGAGGAAAGGCUCUUCUGAGAGGUCUGUGCUGAUGGGCUCUGUCAAAAGUAGUAACCCCAGCUCAUUGCCAGGGGUCUCUGCAAGUCCACUAGCCACUAGUGCCUUAACUCCUGCUUCCUUCAGCACCUUCUCCACCGUAUCCCUGAGUCUGGCCUCACAAGGGACACCUGAAAGCAGGAGGGGAGCUGCUGGAAACCAACCUCCUUUGUCAACUAAAUCAGCUGCUUCUUCCCCACUUUUCCCUAUCUUUCCUUCCAGUGCCCAGGACACAGGCCGAGGAGCUGGUAAAGGGGGUAAAGAAAAAAGUUCACCAGCUCCCCAGGAACCUGCUCCUAAGGAGAAAGAAAGGGAUUCAGAGAAAAUCCGAGAGAAGGAGAAUAAGAAGGAAGGGAGGAAGGAUGGAAGGGACUCAGAAGAUGCUCUUAUAUCUCUUGCUACGAAAAAGGCUCCAGGAAGAAAAAAAUCGACCUCAGUUGACACGGUUUCUGACACUGCCUCCUCAGAGGUACGUGGGCCCCAUUCCUCUGUUCCUGUGUCCAUCGCCAAAGGACGCUUACCUAAAAAAGGUAGACCCUCUGAGAAAGGACAAGAAACGGAGGAUGCAGAAAAGGAAAAGGAGAAACAAAGUGCUCCUAACCAGCAGACUGCAAGCCCUCUAGGGCAGCUGGGCAGACAACAGCUUCCUGUCUCCUCUCUUGGAUCAGUGUUGGACCAAGCAGAGAAACAGCCUGUGAGUGACAAGCGGGUAGUUGGACUACUGAAGAAGGCCAAAGCACAGCUCUUUGACUUGAAGAAGAUUAAGCUGAAGCCUGCAGAUCAGACCAAGGUCCAGGGUCAGGAGAGCGACUCGUCAGAGACCUCAGUUCGUGGUCCACGCAUCAAACAUGUAUGUCGUCGUGCAGCUGUGGCUCUUGGCCGUAAUCGGGCAGUGUUCCCUGAUGAUAUGCCCACACUUAGUGCCUUGCCCUGGGAGGAGAGAGAGAAGAUCCUAUCUUCCAUGGGGAAUGAUGACAAGUCAUCAGUAGCAGGUUCUGAAGAGGCAGAGCCUCAAUCCCCUCCCUUAAAGCCAAGAGAAACACGUCAAAAGUCCAUUCAAGAAGCUCCUCCCAAGAAGGGACGUCGGUCACGACGCUGUGGCCAAUGCUCAGGCUGCCAGGUUCCAGAGGAUUGUGGUAUCUGUACUAACUGUCUCGACAAGCCUAAGUUUGGAGGACGAAACAUUAAAAAGCAAUGCUGCAAGAUGAGGAAGUGUCAGAAUUUGCAGUGGAUGCCCUCAAAGAUGUUUCUUCAAAAGCAAGACAAAAGCAAGAAGGACAAGAAAAAGUACAGGUUGUCUGAGAGGAGAGAGGGUCUCAAUCCGGGUAAAAGAUUGAACUCAGAGUCUGCCCCUAAGUCGUCUCCUGCACCACCAAAGGAAGAGCCCCCUCGCAGAAAGAGUGAAACUCCUCCUCUAAAGCUGGGAGAGGAGAAGUCAAGGCAGCAACCAUCCUCAAAGCAAUCAUCACCCGCCUUCACAUCGUCCCCUGCCCCUGCUGAUUCACCUCAGACCCCCAGCACAGCCCAGGCUCCAUCUCCAGCCCCGUCAUCAGAGUCCAAACAGCUCUCCGUCACGGCCAGUGUCACCAGUAAGAAGGGACACAAACCACAUCUGCCUACACCAGGAUCCUUCUCCUCGUCAUCCUCCUCUUCCUUGUCGUCUUCUUCGUCAUCGUCAUCAUCCUCUUCCUCCUCGUCAUCUUCAGCCCAGAAUUCCCCCUCUCAGUCUACGCAGUCUCAUCAAGCAUCCCAGCAACAACGGGCUCUUACGAGUCAGGCGCCUCCAAAAAAAGAGGCUUCACCCAAGAUUCCCCUGAACGAGUCCAAGAAGAAGCCCCAGCAUCAAUCAUUGCAACAGCAGAGCUCUGCUACAAAUAUUUCAGAUACAGUUGAAUCAAAACCGUUGAAGAAGCCAACUUCCCGCACUGUCCCUCCAUCUCCCAAACAGAGACCAAAAGAUAAGCCGCUGACAACUAAACCCCCCGGCAGCAGUACUUUAAACUGGCUGAGCACUCCCUCGACUAGGGGCCAGACGAAGUCCAGAGCGCCCUGCGACGGAGUGCAUCGUAUCAGAGUGGAUUUCAAGACGGACCAUGAUGUGGAGAAGGUGUGGGAGGCAGGUGGCCUCAGCCUGCUCACCUCUGUGCCGGUCACACCCAGGGUGCUCUGCUUCUUAUGUGCAAGCAGCGGGAAUGUUGAGUUUGUCUUCUGUCAGGUUUGCUGUGAACCGUUCCAUCUCUUUUGCCUGGGGGAAUCGGAGCGCCCUCUUAAGGAGCAGAUUGAGAACUGGUGUUGUCGAAGAUGUCGAUUCUGCCAGGUCUGUGGGCGCCAGCACCAGAAAACUAAACAGCAGCUGCUAGAGUGUGAUAAGUGCCGCAACAGUUAUCACCCGGAGUGCCUGGGUCCCAACCAUCCAACCAGACCCACCAAGAAGAAGAGAGUCUGGGUUUGCACCAAGUGUGUGCGCUGUAAGAGUUGUGGAGCCACUAAACCUGGGAAGUCCUGGGAUGCCCAAUGGUCACAUGACUUCUCCAUGUGUCAUGACUGUGCCAAACUAUUUGCUAAAGGGAACUUCUGCCCACUCUGUGAUAAGUGCUAUGAUGACGACGACUAUGACAGCAAGAUGAUGGAGUGUGGUCGUUGUAACCAUUGGGUUCAUGCCAAGUGUGAAAACCUGACAGAUGAAAUGUAUGAGGUACUGUCAAAGCUGCCAGAGAGUGUUGCCUACAAUUGUACCAAAUGUACUGAGCGCCAUCCGGCCGAGUGGAGGACGGCGCUGGAGAGGGAGCUUCAGGGCUGCAUCCGCCACGUCCUCACCGCACUGCUCAACUCUCGUACAUCCACACACCUGCUGCGCUACAGACAGGCGGUGAAGCCUCCGGAGCUGAAUCCAGAGACAGAGGAGAGUCGUCCGUCCCGUCGUUCCCCCGAGGGCCCAGAUCCUCCAGUUCUGACUGAAGUCACCUCCACACCUUCCAGUGACUCCCCUCCAGACCUGGACAAUGUUGAGAAAAAGAUGGAUCAAGGCCGCUACAAUUCAGUGCUGGAGUUUAGUGACGACGUCGUGCGAAUCAUUCAAACGGCCCUCAAUGGUGACGGUGGCCAGCCGGAGAGCAGGAAAGCAAACAGCAUGGUCAAGUCUUUCUUUAUCCGGCAAAUGGACCGGAUCUUCCCAUGGUUCAAAGCGAAAGAGUCCAGGUUCUGGGAAAGGCAAAAAGUCUCUGCCAACAAUGGGCUCCUCCCGAACGCUGUGCUGCCUCCAUCCCUGGAUCACAACUACGCCCAGUGGCAGGAGAGACAGGAGCUUUCCCGCGCUGAGCACCCCCACCUCAUGAAAAAGAUCAUACCAGCUCCCCGUCCCAAGACCCCAGGUGAACCCGAUUCUCCAGCCUCCCCUCCUCCUCUCCCUCCCUCUCUACCACCACCACCUCCACUCCUAUCUGAUCGUGAAGACAGCCCAGAGCUCCCUCCUCCACCGGGUGUUAUUGAUAAUAGGCAGUGUGUCCUUUGUCUGAAAUAUGGAGACGAGAACACUAAUGAGGGUGGCAGGCUGUUGUACAUCGGCCAGAACGAGUGGACCCAUGUGAACUGUGCCCUGUGGUCUGCUGAGGUGUUUGAGGAUGAUGAUGGCGCACUGAAAAAUGUUCAUAUGGCUGUUCUCAGGGGAAAACAGCUGCACUGUGAGAAGUGUCAAAAGCCAGGGGCUACCGUUGGCUGCUGCCUCACCUCAUGCACCAGUAACUACCACUUCAUGUGCGCCCGCCAAUGCCACUGCAUCUUCCUGGAGGACAAGAAGGUCUAUUGUCCAAAGCACAGGGACCUCAUCAAGGGAGAAGUGGUGUCUGGGUUUGAGGUAACCCGCAGGGUCCUGGUGGACCUGGAGGGAAUCAGUCUCAGAAGGAAGUGGCUUGCAGGACUGGAGCCUGAAAAUGUCCACAUGAUGAUAGGCUCCAUGACCAUCGAUUGUUUGGGGAUACUGACCGAACUCUCAGACUGCAAACGCAAACUCUUCCCCGUAGGAUACCAGUGUUCAAGGGUAUACUGGAGUACUUUAGAUGCUCGGAAGCGCUGUGUGUACACCUGUAGGAUCCUAGUUUGUCGUCCUCCAGUGAUAGAAACUGACCUGAAGAACAUGAUGGCUUUCGAAGAGAAUCGUACAAUAGCACACAGCCCACCUUCCAUAACAGACUUUCCUGAUCCAUUUGAGUCCCCGAGGCGUUCCGACACCCUUUCCCCCACAAACUCCCCCAAGCUCAGGGUUUACUCCAGGAAUCGACAUCCCAGCUACCCCCCUUGUCAGCGCUCACUAGGCCCCAGGCCAAUGCCCUCCCCAGGAGGUACGUCUCAGCCUCAAAGCCAUGAGAUUGUGACAGUAGGAGACUCCCUGGUGAACCCCGGCAUGCGGAAUAUUGACUCACGUCGACACAGCUCCCCUCCAUUCUCUCCUCCUCCCUUCCACCUGAACAGACAGAGAGGGGUGACCUCCCCAACUCGGAUUUUGUCACGACCCCUUACUUCUCCCCCUCCCCUCAUCCCCUCUCCUGCCAGAGACCCAGAAAAGUACAAACACCCCGGUAAAGACUCGGCAAAGAGUCCAGUCCAGAGAGAUGAUGACAGAGGGAGACCCUUCUCCGCAGACAGAAACAGGCUGCGAGAAACCAGAGAACAAGGGCUGAGAGAUCCCGACAAGGGGAGGAUUUCAAGUCGAGAUCAAGCUUCUAAAGAUUCUGAGAAGAACAGAUCGUCAAGAGAGCUGGCGCAAAGAGAAGACAAGGGCGAACAACCAGCCAAAGAGCCGGAGAAGAGGAGAUCGCUGAGUAAAGACUCUGGUCUAAAAGAAUCUGAGAGGGGAAGACCACUCAGUCGGGAUUCAGAGAAGGGGAGACAAGUAAACAGAGACUUUGAGAAGGGGAGACAGGCAAGCAGAGAGUCAAGCAAUAGAGAAACAGAUAAGAGCAAAUCAUCCUCUAGAGAUUCCAGCUAUAAAGAUGUGGACAAAGCAAAGUCACUCAAUAGAGAUUCAGGGUUUAGGGACUCAGAUAAACCUAGACAAUACAGCAGAGAAACAGGAAAAGACUCAGGCCAAGUUAAAGACAGACCCUCUAGUAGAGACUCUGACAAGGGUCGACCUCCGUCUAGAGACUCCAGUUACAGAAGCACAGAGAGAAACAAAGAUUCUGGCUCAGGGAAAGACAGUAACCCUGGCACUCAGUCCAAACAAGCUGGAGGUGAGAGUAAGAGCCCGAGACUGGCACCUGCAGGUUCAGGCCAGUCCUCCCCUCCUGUGGGCACUGCUGUUCUCACAGGUCACCAGAGAGGGGGCAGCACCAAGCAGAUGGACAAGCAAGGGAAACACGGAGGCAAAGACCAGGAUGUUUCUGCAAGCCUCAGUUUGUUGCCUCGUCACCGCUCGACCCCCACCUCCAACACUAUCCAGUCUAAGGACAAGCCCAGCUCAGGGAAGGAGAGUAGUAGUGGCACUGGAAAUCUAACAUUAGCUCCACACCAUAAAGAUUCUGCUGUUGGGAAAUCUGGAUCCGCACAGCCUUCAUUUCAGAAGUCCAGUGCAAGGAAAUCCAAUGAUUACUCUUCGGGUUCAGCCUCAGCAGCGGUUAUGAAGCCCCUGUGGCCGUCUAGGGCAUCGGCGGAAGAUGAUGUGGUCAAGCGAGGCUCCAUGCAGCUGGGCUCCCCAGCUGCAGCCUCAGCUGCCAAAGACAAACACCCCAAAGUUAAGACGGCAGGCAGCAGAGAGGUUUCCAAAGACCGUGAAAUAGACAAGACUCUCCAAAACAACAACAGCAGCAACAAAAUUCCCAUCAUCAACAACAAUGCUAAAGCCACAGCCGGUUCCAACACACAUGUUUCAAGCCCCAGUUCCAACAACAGCAGCAAUAGCAAAGCUCCAAUGCUGGGAAACAGCAGUAAAGUCCAUGGGAAGUCUCAGCAUGGGGAUAAGCAUGAGAACCAGGGAGCAGACAGAUUCUCCUUAAAGAGCAGAGAAAAUUACUCCGAGAAGAAGAGCAGCUCCACUCUGGACCUACAGCAGCUGCAGCAGCAGGCUGGUUUAGCUCCAGAGAAAGGAGUGAAGACAUCUUCCCAGUCUCACUCGAAACAAACAAACAACCAGCUGACUUUGUCCUCCAGAGAGAAAAAGCAAUCAGUUAAAUCCCCCAUUUUAACUCCACUAAAGAGUGAUAUCAAGACUGACCCUAAUGGGACCAGCAAUUUUAGUGGCAUUUCUUCUUCUUCUUCCUCUUCCACGACCACUACUUCCACCAUUUCUCCUGCUGGCCAGGGGACCCGUUGUUCUGCAGGCUCUACUAUCUUCUCCUCACCCUCCGCGAGCAGCAGUGACAGCUCAGAAUCGGACACUCAGACUCAGACAGAGGACGACGACGUGCACAAGGACCACUCACGCAGUGAGCUCAGAGACCACCACGGCCUCCUCGCUCAAGGCCACGACGAUGAGGGUGACGGCCUGGAUGAUGACCAUGACAGGGAUCUGGAUGACAAACAUCAUGAGGAUGACAGUGAUGGGUCAAGCUCAGCCAAGCGGCGGUACCCUCGACGCAGUGCCCGUGCACGAUCAAACAUGUUUUUUGGCCUCACACCCUUCUAUGGGGUUCGCUCAUAUGGUGAAGAAGAUCUUGCCUUCUAUGGUGGCGGUGAUGGAACCGGGCCUGUGGUUAAGAGGAGGACCGGCGGCCGUAAGAAGUCAGCUGAGGGGCAGGUAGAUGGAGCAGAUGAUAUCAGCACCUCCUCUUCAUCAGGGGACAGUGGAGAAGAUGAAGACAGCGCAAUGAAACACAGGGGUAAAGACCCUUACUACUACAACUUCACCCGAACUGUAAUUAACCCUGGUGAGGGCCUUCCGUCUAUAGAAGGGAUCGACCAGUGUCUCGGACGGGGCUCCCAGCUUCAGCGCUUUCUAAAAGAUGAGGAGCAGCAACAACAGAGGGCUCAAGGAAAAGCUGAAGAGGACAUGCUGAGUGCUCUGACAUUAGGCAAGCAGCGUAUUGGGCAGCUUGAUGGCGUGGACGACGGCUCAGAGAGCGAUACGAGCACCUGCACCACAAGCACCACAGCUGCUACCACCACAUCCUCUUCCACCCCACCUAAGAGCACUCCUAAGAGGAAAGGCAGAGAAAGACACGCUGAGAAACACGACUCUCUUGACUCGAACAAGGAGGCCGACAACAGUGGAGGAGCAGUGAGUAGCAACACCCGAGAAGGAAGAAAGAACCAGAAAGAGAAUUGUCUUCCUCUAGGAGUCGCUGGCAAAUCGCAGCCUCAGACUCAGGGUCAAGAUCCUCUCGAGGCCCAACUGUCUCUUAGCACAGACCUUCUAAAAUCAGACUCCGAUAACAACAAUAGCGACGACUGUGGGAACAUUUUGCCUUCAGACAUCAUGGAGUUCGUUUUGAACACGCCCUCCAUGUCAAUGCAGGCUCUGGGUCAACAGUCUGAGCCGUCCUCCUCGGAGCUGCUGAUGGACGAGGGUUAUGUCGGGGUGGAUGUCAACCGGCGCAAAGACAUUCUGUUUGACGACUUCUCCCAGCCGCUGCCCAGUGCUGAGAGUGGAGGUGUAGCGGAGAGUAGCGUGAACAGCUCCAUAUCUGUAGAGGAGCCAUAUCUUCCUCUGGAGCUGCCCUCUGAUCUCUCUGUCCUGACCACACGCAGCCCGUCUGUCAGCACCAGUCAGAACCACACUGCUGGAAGUCUCAUCUCAGAUACUUCAGACCGCACCAUGCUCAGCUUGACCUCUGACCCAGAGACCAUCAGUGCAGAAAAGAGUGGGGACAAGAAAAGAGCAGAGUCAGAUGUGUCACCAUCUGGGAAUCAGCAUGAUGCUCCAACUGUCACCGAAGGUCACAUGACUCCUGAGCAGUUUAUUCCCAGUCCUGCUAUUGGCCAGGUCGUUGACCCUCCAGGUAACCAGGACGUUCCAAGGAGUUGUGGCACUCCGGGUUUGCCAAGUUCUCCCUCCCUGCCUCUUCAGGGUCAGAAGUAUCUACCAGCAACAACUGCAGCACAGGGCAGCCCGAGUUCAGUCCCUGGACCAGGACCAUCCCAGACUCAGGUUUCCAGUCCGGCACUCAUCAAACCAGGCCCUGACAAACUCAUUGUUGUCAAUCAACAGUUCCAGCCCCUCUAUGUCCUUCAGACUGUCCCAAAUGGUGUCACCCAAAAGAUUAGUGCAACAGGAGUGAUGGAUACCAGCUCCUCUGCAGUGCUGAGCUCUAUGACUCUCACCACAGGGUUGAAUACUGGUUUAUCCACAGCCCAGCCAAUAUUUCCUGCCGGUGGCAAAGUCCUGGGCACCAUGUCUCACCCCACUCAUAUUCACACCUUCACUGGAGCCGCACAGGCAGGUUUCCAAACUGGAAUCCCCAGCACCACCUCAGGGCUUCUCAUUGGGUUGCCCACUCAGCCCCACGACCAAGUGUCCAGUCCCUCUUCCCUCACUUCCGCACAGAUGGCACUCGCCUCUGCUCACGGCAGAAAGAGGCCCAUCUCCCGUCUUCAGCCACGAAAAGGCAAAAAGUUGGCCCGCUGCCGUAGCCAGCCUACUUUGGCCCCUUCGGAAGUGGGACCUUCUAACAUGACCCUUAUCAACCUGUCUUCCCCCCAGAUCACUGCAAGCAUCUCUGGCCAACCUGGUGGCCUGGUUGAGUUAACCACCCUCUCUGCUCAUCAGCGCAAGGUUCCAAAUAUCAUCAAGAGACCAAAAUCGGGUGGGGUAAUGUACUUGGAUCCCACUACUCUAAUUCAGCAGAGGAUUGCUGGUACUGUUCAACCUGGGAUCCUGAGUCACGAUUCCUCUACACAUCUCCUGCCUUGCACAGUCUCUGGUCUCAACCCCAGUCAGUCAGUGUUGAGUGUCGUGUCUGUGCCCUCUAGUGGUGCUGCUGGUAUUCUUGCACCCGGAUCAGUCUCCCUCUCAACCCCUGUACUUAGCUCCACUGAGAUCACAGGACCAAUUAGCAGUCUCCUGUUUAAGGCAGGUCCGCAUGGCCUGGGCCUGUCAGAUCAGCCCAUGCUCCUUCAAUCAGCAGGGGGAGCUCCUCUGAUGUCACAGCUUAGCUCUUCAGUGCAGACAUCAAUAGCCAGUAGCAUCUGCGUUCUGCCCUCCCAGCAGACCAUCAGCAUGGCUGUCAGCCAGCAAGGAGAGAGCGAAUGCGGUAAUAUCCACUUACAGCAUCGGUCUGUUAACAGGGUGCAGAGUGCGGACUCCUGUCCAACCACCACUGUCACUUUAACCCCCUGCACAGCCACCCACCUGAGCUCUGCCAAGGGGCGUGUUAUCGGAGUGUUCACGACACAGACACAAACCUCUGCACUCUCGCAGGGCAGCAGAACCAUUCCUAUUGCCAAAUCAUCAGAACAAAGACUUUCUUACUCCAACACAAUCGUGACUACAGCAAGAACAGGUUCAGGAACAGAAAAGGGCAAACAGAAAUCCAAGAGGAGCAGACAGAGUUCAGACUCAAGCAGCGGGAAGAAGCUCAAGGGCUCUCGGGCAGAGGAGCAUCACAGCAACCCUGCAGGACGACUUCCAUCAAACCCAAGUUCCAAAGAGCUGAUCUCCCCUGAACCAAUGGACACCGGCAAACCUGCAGAUAAGGCAACCACCAAGGGUGUUUUUGGUAAAAAGAAGACAUCUGAAGGUUCUGUUUUACUGGGGAAAGUUGUGGGAAAAGACAAAGCAUCUGCAGCUGAAGGGGCGGCAGUGUCUCUUCCUGUGGCUUCACCCCCUGACCAGGAUGGGAACAGCUGGGACGCCGGCCUGGACAGCAAACCCAAGAAGGGCAUUAUCUUUGAAAUCUGCAGUGAGGACGGCUUCCACAUCCGCUGUGAGAGUAUCGAAGAGGCUUGGAAAUCUCUGACUGACAAAGUGCAGGAAGCUCGCUCCAAUGCAAGACUCCAAGAGCUUUCUUUUGAAGGUGUGAAUGGGCUGAGGAUGCUGGGAGUCGUCCAUGAGGCAGUGGUCUUCCUGCUGGAGCAGCUGUAUGGCUCCAGACACUGUCGGAGCUACCGCUUCCGCUUCCACAAACCAGAGGAAACCGAUGAACCUCCCAUCAACCCCCACGGCUCGGCUCGUGCAGAGAUCAACCACAGGAGGUCUGUCUUUGACAUGUUCAAUUUCUUGGCCUCAAAACACCGCCAGCCUCCUGAGUACAGGCCGCACGAAGACGAUGAUGAGGAAGGGCAGCUCAAGACAGCUAGACGGGCCUCCAUGGAGCUACCACUCACGCUGAGAUUCAAACAGCUCAAGGCCACAUCCAGGGAAACCGUGGGAGUCUACAGGUCUCCCAUUCACGGCCGUGGUCUGUUCUGCAAGAAAACCAUCGAUGCAGGGGAGAUGAUCAUCGAAUACUCUGGAAAUGUCAUUCGCUCUGUGCUCACUGACAAAAGGGAGAAAUAUUAUGACGGAAAGGGCAUUGGCUGUUACAUGUUUCGGAUCGAUGACUACGAGGUUGUCGAUGCGACGGUGCAUGGCAACGCCGCACGCUUCAUCAACCACUCCUGUGAGCCGAACUGCUACUCUCGGGUCAUCACCGUGGACGGCCAGAAACACAUCGUCAUCUUUGCUUCUCGCCGCAUAUUCUGCGGAGAGGAGCUCACCUAUGACUACAAGUUCCCCAUCGAGGACGCCAGCAACAAGCUACCCUGCAACUGCAGUGCAAAGAAGUGUCGCAAGUUCCUCAACUGAUCUAAACAAGUAAAAGAGGACUGAAGAUCUGGUGAGCAGCAAGGCCACAAUGUUCUGAGGACGCCCCCUGCUGGGGGUUUGUUGUGGCACUAGCACUCUGAGUUUGGUCCACGUAGGACCACAGCUGCCAACUGUGCAACAGCUCUGUCCGUGUUUCUGCUGCUGGUGUUGGCAGAACACGGCAGAGACAGAGCCGCUGUGGGUCGAACCGUAUAUGCAGCUAAAGCCACUUUAGUUUAAAGGCCAUUUGCAGAAAUUCCAACAUAUUGUGCCUCCUUUUGUCUCAGUUACAUUUGGCACGGGACGUUUCACCUUUAGAGGUGAGGUAUGAAACGGUUGAGCCUUCACAUUAAAUUACAAUAUUAACUUUCGAUGAUAAAGUUACCCCAUCAUGUUCUUUUUUUCUUUACAUUGCCACGUCCACUUAUACUGAGAUUUGAUCAUGGAAAGUAAAAAUCAAAUAACUUGGUUCCAUUUUACACCAAAGUGCAAUUUGUUAAAGGGACUGGGAAAAGUAAUUUUUUCUAGAAAGACAAAUUAGAGACUUUGUUAGAAUUUGUUUUUUUUAUUUGCGUCACAGUGUCGCGUGAUAUUGGUACACAUCUCCCUGUGUAAAUGUGCCCUGAUGCCUUCAGAGCCAUUGUAAUUUUACUGAAACCUUUCCCCUAAAAGCUUAUAGGUGUGUAAAUAGGAGCAGCUGGUGUUCAGCAGCCUGAAAUAAGCUGUACCGACACUAGGAGGAGCUGUGGCCACAGGGAGCAGAGCAAAACGAGGAGGAUUGAAAUUUAGAUUGGUUGGAAAAAAAACAAAAGGUUAUUUUUGGUAGUUCGAGUGAAGGGGUGAUAUCUGAGGUUGAUAUCAUCCUGUGUACUUAAAGUAACGUUUAGUCUGACAGCUUGGUAGCUAUGUAGACAUGUUGUUGGGAUUGAAGCGUCUGGCCUGAGAGAGCAAGGCAGCUAGAGAUUCUGGUGGACUGACAGCCAAGGGACUGGAAAACCCUACUGAUGUGCUUUAGUAGAAAUAUUUAUAAUUGAAUUUUUUUUUCGAGGUGUGAACUACAAACAGCCAUGGAUCUUACGGAACCAUACAGACGGAUGUGUUGUCAGUUUGUGCAUGCUGUUGUUGAUAUCAGACUUGUUGUUUUUUUUUGGUAAUUAUAUAAGCUCAGAUUUUGAAUCACGUUCCAAAUUACAGCAGCAGAGAGAACCAAACAUCACAAUUUAAUUUUCUCACCACUUUUCUUCUUGGCCUGUUUUGAUAACCGUUACCAUGGAGAAGAUUUUAUUUGUAAAAGUCUUUUAAAGUCUUGCCUAUUAUCUGUCUUUUUAUUGCGGGCAGGAAAGUAUCAUGCUUGCUUUUAAAAAAAACAACAAAUGUAAAUAAUGUAUAUUUUUCUACGAAAAAAGACUUAAAAGCACUCACUAGUGAAUAGCACUUAAUGAUGGUAUUUAUAUUUUUUAAAAAUCGUAUUUAUUUUAUUGCCAUUUUUGUAGGAAAUAGAGGUUUACACAAACACUAAUGCUCGGUCUCUAUGUUUUGUAUUCCACUGCCUUUUCAAAGUUGUUUUUGUUGUGAUUUAUUUUUUUUAAUUUGUAGCCUGAAUGUUUUCUUUGAUUCCAAAGACUGACGCUGGUCUGUGGCUUGGUCCCGUUUUGAGUUCAGUCCACCAGUAGCUCUUUAUCUAUCCCAGGCCGUUCGGUCGGAGCUGACAGAUUAUAUUUUCCAUUGUUCCAGUUCUAGCUGGCAGUGUGGCAGUCAUACCAACUAUUAAUAUGCACUUGAGAGAGUUCAGAUUGUUGAUCCAUAGCAGAUAUCUCCUCUCUCCAGCCUUAUCGUCUCCACACCACAUCACACCGAGAGUCAAGUCCACUUUACAGACUUCUUGUCGCUUAUAAACUGUGGGUCGGGAGACUUGCAGCCAACUGUUCACAUGUGUAAAAACCCAACCUGAGUCCUGUCGGUUUGAAGUGUUCUGUCCCUCUGCAGUCACUAGUAAAGAGGUGCCUUUAUUUUAAGCUACCAAGGUCAUUCAGCAUAUCUGUGUUGAGCCAGUCCGUCUAUUUGGUGACCACUCACCAGCAUUUGGAAAUCACUUUAUCUUCUAUUGGUUAGCGUCCUCUGGGUUUGCCUUAGUUGUGAAGGAGCAUGCCUUCAUGUACUGGACCCAAUAUCAAAUUAGACUGUUUCGACCGACUGGUCAUGAAGUCGCCUACUUCCGUUUUUGUCCUUUUUAAUGAAAUUAUUCUUGCCCACCUCUCACUCUGACUUUGUCACCUGAAGGCCGUUUCCCCCACACUGCCCUCUGUUGUUGUGAACAAAAAAGUGACCCACAGAUUGGUUUGCACUGAAGUCAUGACACAGGCACAUAGGAAACCUCAACUCUUUCUCCAGACAGACAAUGCAACUGCGAUGCAGAAAUAGUGCAUGAGGCCCCUGAGUUCAGUUAAACCUAGAACUGAACAUGGUGUUUGAGGCUCUAGCGAAGUGCACUUGACUUUUUUUUUGUUUUUUGCAGCAAAGUGAAGGCAGGGAUCACACCAGCAGCCCGUUCCUUCCUGAAGGUUCAGCCUGUGCAAACCUCGGCUGUGCUUGGGCCCAAGAUCAGGUCUUGUCUGACAGGUCGGCCUUGUGGUUUAACAGCUGCUGCCACGCCGGGCUCGCUGGGUUCUGCUGCUAAGGUCAACAAUGAAUGUAUGUUCCUCCUCCACAUCACCAGACUUGUGAUGAUGUCGAUACUUUGUCUGCCACAUUUGUUUUCAGUUCCUGCGUUAACCACCCUGGUAGAUAACGGAUGGUGUUUAGAUGGGACCUCACGCUGGGCAGCAGGAGUUUCGUUUCAGUACUGGGAAUAAAAAACAGCGACACACGAACAGCAGCGACACGUCUGCCUGUACGUCAACAGGUUCUUACUGAGUUAGCUCAACAGUUCACGCUAGCAUCGGUGACGACACAUUUACUGAUGCCAAGGGCUCUGUCUACAACUUGCUUCUCGAGAUCCACUUCUACAUUUUCAAGGUCGCUGGGUUUAGCGAACAAUAAGUCUGUGUAUUUCACUUUUUCAAAACAACAUAUAUACAAUAAGGAAAUGGUGUCUGUUGGUUCUUUGGAUUUUGUUUUUACCACGCCACACCAGUGGCCCUUCUCCGUCACUAUCUGUAAUUAUAGUAUAAAUACAUGACAAUAAUAUACAGAAACGUGCAUAGUAAUUUCUUGUAUUAUACAAUAUAUGGAAUGGACAGACAAACUUAGUUACAGUAGCAAAUCAGCAGAUUUAUAAAGGUUAUUAGCAAUGUUUCAAUGUACUCUAUAAUGGUUUUGUGUUACAGUACUAUCAGAUGAAACUAACGUGCAUCAUUCUUUUGUAUAUUAAUAUCCAGUACCAGUUUUGCUGUGCCUGUGAGCGUUCCUGCACCAGCAAGGGACAUUGCAGUUUUUCCUUUCCUUUUUCCUUUCUCUGGAACACAAAUGGUUUUUAUGUGAUGAGAAAUGUACCUGUAUUAAUGUGGUUGUGAAUUCUUGAGGUCAGCCUAUUUUUUGUUUUUAUUUUGUUUUGCUUUGUUUGUUUGUUUGUUUGUUCCCCCCCCCCUGGCUGUUGUAGUGAAUGUUUUUCUGUUAUAUUUUUUCUUUGUGCGUGUUAACAGGGACGUUUUGACAACUUACUUGAUGUGGUAUAAAUGAAGAGCGGGGUUUGUGGAGACGGAUCAGGAGUCUUUAAAGAUUUCCACCAAAAUUGCAGUUGUCUCUUUUGGAAGCCUCUUGUGUCUCCCGGACCACCUCUCUCUCCUCCGAAGCUUUGGUUGUACUUACCAUGUACUGUUUUUAUAGAAAGUCAUAAUGCUGAUGUUAAAAACAUUUUAAUUUAUUUAUUUUGUGCAACAUCCACCCUGAAUUGUUCUUUUACAAGUCAAGGUUUGGGAGAGGUGGGACAAAUACUGAGUGUGUAUUUGUCAUUUUCUACUUGUUUCUCGUGUAUAGAAGUUGUCAGCCUAGGAUGGGAUGUGGUGUCACAGGGGGAGCGGAUGUAUGGGUCAUGGAUUGUGGACAGGCUUGCUUUCUUAUGCCUUCAAUAUACCUUUGUCUUAUCAAUACUCCUCCUGCUCUCUGUAAUAACGGUGUUCAUGAGUUCAACAGUCAUAUUUCCUCCCGUUUUUAACAGUGUUCUUUCAAUACACAUCAACGAAAUGAAGGAAAACCACCACAGUGAAAAUAAACCACAAACUACUUGGUUGAAUGUAUAAUUAGGAAACAAAGUUGUACAUAAGUGUAAAAAGAAAAGUUUCUAAUCAUGUUUAUUUUCUAUGCACUUUUUUAUUUAAGUGAUAGUUUAAAUAAUAAACAUGUCUCCUUUA